AUGAUUUUAGCAUCAAAAUUAAAGAGCUACUAUAAUUAAUUUGAAGUAAAAUUUUAAAAAAGAUCAAUUUCUUUUAUCGAGGAAACUUUAUAAAAAGCUAAUAAAGAACAGAAUUUUGUUUCUACCAUAUAAAAUGAAAAGGAUUAAAACCACUCUGAUAGUGAAUAAUCACAGGAUUCAAUUAAUAUUUGGUAAGAAGAAUGUAAAUAUGAGGAUUUAUUCGACUUAUUUUAAUUUAGAUUUAAUAAUUCUUAUAAAACAACUGAUCAAGUGUAGAAUAAUGCCAUACAUUUAAUAAAAAGCUAUAAAAAGCUUUUUGGAUAUAGCAUAUUUAGAACAAAUAUUGGAAAAAAUCCAUUUUAUCAUAUGCAAAGAAGAAUGAACUCUCUAAGGAGCUUUGAUGAGUAAAAGUAGAACACAAGAUACUCGAAGAUCUCUGUUAAAUUUAAAUUAUAAGAAAAUAAGCUUCCUUUUGGAAAGAUUUCUUAUAUGAAUAAUUUAAUAACAGUACAAAAUAAUAAGGAGAAGAAACGUUGA